UUUGUGGAGACAAAAGCAAAAGAUAACUAUUUAAUUCAUCUAAAUUGAAAAUCUGGAUGUCAACCAUGUAAGCUGGAAAAUUGCAGGGUGACAAUGUCAACUAUCUACUUUGCAUAUGCAGGCAACUGAGACUCAAAUAGCUACCUAAAAUAUAUAAAAUACUACUCAUUAUUGUACUACGACAUUGUACUAAACCUAUGUGGAAUCAAUUAUGCAUUAGAUUAUUGCUAGGAGUUUUUCCCGUAUUAGAAAAUCAUAUGAAAAUGAGAGAAAACAAGAAACAAAAAUGAGCACAUCAUCAUCAGAAUGAAAUUUGAACAAGAUCUUACAGGAUUUAAUUGACUCUGCAACACACCAACUGACUCCAUAACAGCACAGAGGUAAAUAUAUAUAUAUUUCAGGAUCUUAAAGUCCUCUGGGGGAUAAUGUAUGCUUUAAAGAGCUGGUUUUGUUCCAUGAAAUGUAGACGUCCACCUGGUUUCGAGGACCAUGACUUAUUAGCUUCUGAGACUUCCUUUUCUGUUAAUGAAGUGGAUGCAUUGAAAAUUCUGUACGAGAAAAUAAGCAGCUCCAUAAUUGAUGAUGGUCUUAUUCAUAAGGAAGAGUUUCUCCUUGCUCUUUUCAACUGCAGCCCUAAGCAGAAUCUUUUUGCUCAGAGACUGUUUGAUUUGUUUGAUCUUAAGCGUAAUGGGGUUAUUGAAUUUGGAGAAUUUGUUCGGUCGUUAAGCCUAUUCCACCCAAGGGCUCCUCAAGCAGACAAAAUUGAAUUUGCAUUUAAGUUGUAUGACUUGAACCACACUGGAUACAUAGAACGUGAAGAGCUGAAGGAAAUGGUAUUUGCUAUUCUGGAAGAAUCAGAAUUGACACUUCCAGAUGAUGCUAUCGAAGCAAUCAUUGAUAAGACAUUUCUAGAGGCAGACACGAAUCGAGAUGGAAGGAUUGAUCCAGAAGAGUGGAAGGAAUUGGUUAUAAGAUGUCCUUCUCUCAUUAAGAACAUGACUCUACCAUGCUUAAAGGAAAUAACUCAAAUGUUUCCAAGCUUUGUGAUGACAACAGAAGCUCGAGAUUCAGAACUAGUGUCCUGAAAACUGACCGGUGCCAACUGCCAAAUUCUAUCCUGCUACUAGUGUACUGAUCAACAAAUAAAGUACCGGUCCAAUUUUCCCUUUUUCUUCAUUUUCUGGUCAAUAGUUGUCUGUCUGUUCUUAGGCAACCAUAAACUGUAUAUGAAAUGUGUUUGCUAUAUAUGAGAGAUUGGUACGGACUAUAGCCUAACUAAGGAUUUUGGUAAUAUUUCCCAUCUAACUGUUCGUAAAAUUUAAUUGAUGUUAUUCAUAUA